AUGUCCGGCGCGCGGUUCAGAACAAAGUCGCGUCUCCGGCGCCUUGCCCAUGCCGAUGAGGGGUACUACGACACGCAGAAGCGGCGGCGACGCUUAUUCUUCUUCCUCCGCCGGUCGCGUCGCUCUCUCCUCGCACUUAUCGUCAUCCUCCUCUUGGUCUUUACAUUGUUUAUGCGCCACACUCCUUCUCCCGACUAUUAUGGCAGCGUUAUUGGCAGGAGGGCUACCCCGAUGGCCCGCACCGCGCGUCUCACUGAAGCUGCGGGGCAGGCACCUAGACGCGUCCCGCGGGUUCCAUUGCCCGAUGAGGUACGUAGCGCCAAACACGCUCUUCGUGGGGCGAUGCUGCAUGUCAAUCCGGAGAGUCGCGUACACCCCAUCUACCAGCUAAUCCGCGAUGGACGGGCUGCGUGGGAUGCCAAGAUUGCCCGACAGAGCACUAGCCUACGCCAGGCGACAGACGAGUAUGUGCGACGGUAUCGCCGCGCCCCGCCGGUCGGCUUUGAUAGGUGGUGGCACUAUGUUGUGAAUAACAGUGUACAGCUACCCGACGAGUAUGACCAGAUCGACAGAGACCUGCGCCUCUUCCGCGCGCUGCAUCCUAACGACAUCUUGCUUCGUAUGAACCGCGCAGCCCGCGAUCCCGACACGUUCACUAUUAAGGUCCACCACGGACUCAUGCGGUCUACCAGUAGCGUGAAUUCCAGUGAUUUUCUUCACGUCGAGCGCAAGGAUGGACAGCUCGGGCUGAUCCGUCCCAUUGCGGCGUAUCUCCCCGACAUGAUGGCUGUGUAUACCGUCCACGACACGCCGUUCAACUUUAUCAGUCAUGCACAUCGGGAGGACCUGCUUGAUCACGUCGAUGACGAUGAGUUGACGACAAAAUCGACCUCACAAUGCGCGACGGCAGACAAGACGUUCAUCGUCGACCACAAGGCCAGCAUGGAUCCUUGUGCCCAUCCCGAGCUGGUGCAGUUGCACGGUUUCUUCUCGGGCAAGGUACCAGCUGUCGAGGAGCUCAGUGCCAAGUUUGCCAUCUCCAAGACAUGGUUGCAUGCCGACGUGCUCGGCAUCCCGCCCGAGAUGGUCGCUGACAACGUCACCCUCAUCCCCUGGUCGCGCAAGGUCCAAAACCGGCUGCUUUGGCGUGGCGCCAAUACCGGCAUGUAUUACUCUUCCGGUAUGGAGUGGCGCGACUCGCAUCGUGUGCGCCUCAUGGAACUCGGAGAUGAGGCCGAGGGAACUGCAAACAUCCUCGCCCCGCCUGGCCGUAUGGAGGGCCGGAGUGUUGGCAAGUCGGCAAUGGAACAGAAUGUUGGGCUGGCCAACACUGCGCAUUUCGACAUGGCGUUUGUCGAUGCGCCCAUACAGUGCGACGAUGAGGACGGGACUUGUGCAGAGAUCGCCAUAGAGUACCCCUACCGAGAAAGGGUUAGUCGCGAUGAUGCCGACCGACACAAGUACGUCGCUGACGUUGAUGGGAACGCCUGGAGCGCUCGGUUCCAGCGCCUUCUCAUGAGCGGCAGCCUUGUGUUCAAGGCGACCAUCAUGCCCGAGUGGUACAACGACCGCAUCCAACCCUGGGUGCACUACGUGCCGAUCAAGCUCGACUAUACGGAUUUGCGGGACGCGCUUGCGUUCUUCGCUGGCGAUGUUGAUGGCAAUGGCGGGCGCGACGACCUCGCCGAGAACAUUGGCAUGUCGGGCCGCGAGUGGGCUGAGACAUUUUACCGCAAAGAAGACAUAGUCGCCUACGUCUUCCGCCUCUACCUCGAGUGGGCCAGGCUGCAGGCUCCCAACCGCCGCGUCAUGGCGUUCAAGUACGACCCUAGUAUGGAGGCCGACCGUUCAUAG